AUGGCAGCGGCCACUUGCAGCAGCGUGCUACGGUCUCCUGAACGCAGAGGGGAAGGGGAGAUGCUCCGAAGGAGGGGCGAUGGAGGCAGAGGAGGAGAUGGCUCGGUCAUGAAGCAGCUAAGGGCAAGGGAGUUCCUCGCGACUACCAGCCGGUUCCCCCAACUGCCAGCUACGAGCAUGUGGGAGGGAGUGAGGACGAGAGCGCUGAGGUACGAGGAUGAGACGGCUGGCUACUCGGAGGAGAAAGGAUGCUUCUGCGUGGGAUUCGACCUCACGGGGAACAUGCUGGUGGGGUGCAUGGAGGACAGCACGAUCCGCCUUCUUGAUCCACGACAGGGAGGAGGGGGAGGAGGGGGAGGAGGAGGAGACGGAGGAGGAGGGGCGCGAUGUCGCGUCGUAUCCAUCUUGCAUGGACACAGCGGGCCUGUCAACAACUUUAAAUUCAUGGACGGCUAUACCCUCCUGACAGCCUCUGACGACAAGACGGUACAGCAGUGGGACAUGCGAAGGCUUGAGUCGAGUGGCUGUGGGAGGUCAGGUGAAGGAGGAGGAGGAGAAGGGGAAAGGGGAGGAAGAAGGAGCUCAGCGCUGGUUCAGAAGUUCGUGGGACAUGGAGGUUGGGUGAAGAACAUCGAGCCGUUGAGCAGAAGCGAAUUUCUGUCCUCGGGUCUAGAUGGGACAGUGAGGAUAUGGGAUAUCAAUGAGGAUGGAAGCUCGAAGGUUGCGACGGGGUGGAGGAACAAUGUGAUUCUCAAGCACAAGAAACUUUGUCGGAUGGCGCUGUCAAGAGAUGUGAAUGGGGAGAGGCUGAUAGUCUCUUUCUGCGAUGAAGGGUGA